AUGUCUGGCUUAAUUCUGCUUCUGCUGCUAUGCAAUCUAACAUUCAUCUGUUGCAGAGACAGCAGUUUGACUCUGCAAGAUGAUAUGAGACCACGUGGGGUGAAAUUUCAGUCACUGGACUACAGAAAUAUUUUGUACUGGAAGCACCCCACCUCUCACCAGAUUUUCCAGUACUCUGUCCAGUACAAAGUGUAUGGAGAUAAGCACUGGACAGAUGCCAAACACUGUCAGAGUAUCAGUAUAUCACAAUGUGACCUGAGCCAAGAGACGUCAGACCCUCGAGAAUGGUACUAUGCUAGGGUACAGUCAACCUCUGAAGCAGGCCAGUCCCCAUGGGUGAUAAGUGCCAGGUUUCACCCACAAGCAGAGUCCAAUUUCAGUCCACCCCAGCUGAAACUGAAUGGAACUGAGCGUGGCAUUGUGGUUCGGGUCAAACCUCCACGUACUCCCUAUAGGAGACAGAAUGGCACCAGGAUCUCUGUGCUGAAGCUGCAGAAACUAAUAUUCAGGAUAUAUGUGAUGCACAAUGAAGUGGAAGAGGAGAUACAUGAAAUGGAGAGCUGCACUAAAGAACUUUUGAUCCAAGGCUUGAGACCCAAGACAACCUACUGCCUGCAGGCUCAGACAGUCAUUCCUCGUUUUGGUCGCACAAGCUCAAAGGGUCUAAAAACCUGCGUCACAACCCUGUGA